AUGGGUGCAAGUUGUUUCUGCAAUCUUGGAAUGCCAGCUAUUGGAUUCUCACCUCUAGACAACACUCAUAUUCUACUCCAUGACCACAAUGAGGAUGAAGUUGUGAAGUUAUCGCCCCAUGCUCAUUCCAUUAGAGACUUAGAAGAUGAAGAGCUAUGGAGUGUUUCCUAUGGCAUGUCUCAUAUGCAAUUUAUACUGAUGGUUGCUGCAAGUUCACUAGGAGAGGAACUCUUCUAUAGAUUUACAGUUCGAGUUUGUUUCAGAACUUCUGUGCCUGAACUUUAUCGAAUUUGCCUAGAUAUAUGUACGAGGAAUGACGUCUUAGUAAUAUGCAGACACGAGUUCUACCACCAUUUGUUCCAUUUUCUUAAGCACUCACAGCUAUACUUAACGCUAUCCUUACUGGUUCUCUCUAUUAUGUCGUUGCCUCUCCUAAAGAUCCUAUCUAUAUUGUUGUGCCGGUUUUACAAUCUCGCACAAGUCGUCAAGAUUUGA